AUGAAUUACAUUUUCGGAAACAACACACUUCUGUACUCUCGCGCCAGUCGAGGAGGCAAUACUAGCUCUAGCCAUGGCUCUGUAGGCCCGAAGCAAAAACACUGGGCAAAAAAGGGCUCAUCAGAUGAACUGCAAGCUGAGCCAGAACCAUCACGCUGGCAGCAGAUAGUUGCGUUUUUCACUCGAAGACACAGCUUUAUUGACUGCAUCUCGGUAGCCACCAGCUCCACCCAGCCACCAGAAGCUGUACCUCCCUCCUCUCCCACUGUCCCUGUGAUCCCUGUCCUGCCAGUCCCUGCUGAGAAUACUGUCAUCCUACCCACCAUACCACAGGCAAACCCUCCUCCAGUACUGGUCAACACAGAUAGCUUGGAAACACAGACUUAUGUUAAUGGUACCGAUGCAGAUUAUGAAUAUGAAGAAAUCACACUUGAAAGGGGGAAUUCAGGGCUUGGCUUUAGCAUUGCAGGAGGUACAGACAACCCACACAUUGGAGAUGACUCAAGUAUUUUCAUUACCAAAAUUAUUGCAGGGGGAGCAGCUGCCCAGGAUGGAAGGUUGAGAGUCAAUGACUGUAUAUUGCGAGUAAAUGAAGUAGAUGUUCGUGAUGUGACACAUAGCAAAGCAGUUGAAGCGUUGAAGGAGGCAGGAUCUAUAGUACGAUUAUAUGUAAAAAGACGGAAGCCAGUAUCGGAAAAAAUAAUGGAAAUAAAGCUCGUUAAAGGUCCUAAAGGUCUUGGGUUCAGUAUUGCUGGAGGUGUUGGAAAUCAGCAUAUUCCUGGGGAUAAUAGUAUCUAUGUAACCAAAAUCAUUGAGGGAGGUGCAGCCCAUAAAGAUGGCAAACUUCAGAUUGGAGAUAAACUUUUAGCAGUGAAUAGUGUAUGUUUAGAAGAAGUUACUCAUGAAGAAGCAGUAACUGCCCUAAAGAACACAUCUGAUUAUGUUUUCUUGAAAGUGGCAAAACCUACAAGUAUGUAUAUGAAUGAUGGCUAUGUACCUCCUGAUAUCACCAACUCUUCUUCUCAGCCUGUUGAUAACCAUGUUAGCCCAUCUUCCUACUUGAGCCAAACACCAGCAUCGCCCUCCAGAUACUCCCCAGUUUCAAAAGCAAUGCUUGGAGAUGAUGAAAUCACAAGGGAACCAAGGAAGGUUGUUCUUCAUCGUGGCUCAACGGGCCUUGGUUUUAACAUUGUAGGGGGUGAAGAUGGAGAAGGAAUAUUUAUUUCCUUUAUAUUGGCUGGAGGACCUGCUGAUCUUAGUGGAGAACUAAGAAAAGGAGAUCGUAUUAUAUCGGUAAACAGUGUUGACCUCAGAGCUGCCAGCCAUGAGCAGGCAGCAGCUGCAUUGAAAAAUGCUGGGCAGGCCGUCACCAUCGUUGCACAGUAUCGACCUGAAGAAUACAGUCGUUUUGAAGCCAAAAUACAUGACUUACGGGAACAAAUGAUGAAUAGUAGCAUCAGUUCAGGUUCAGGUUCUCUUCGAACUAGCCAGAAGCGAUCCCUGUAUGUCAGAGCUCUUUUUGAUUAUGACAAGACUAAAGACAGUGGACUUCCCAGUCAAGGACUGAACUUCAAAUUUGGAGAUAUUCUCCAUGUUAUUAAUGCUUCUGAUGAUGAAUGGUGGCAAGCCAGACAGGUUACUUCAGAUGGUGAGAGUGAUGAAGUUGGAGUGAUUCCCAGUAAACGCAGGGUUGAGAAGAAAGAACGAGCCCGAUUAAAAACAGUAAAAUUCAAUUCUAAAACAAGAGAUAAAGGGGAGAUCCCUGACGACAUGGGAUCAAAAGGCCUGAAGCAUGUAACUUCUAAUGCCAGCGAUAGUGAAAGUAGUUACCUAAUCUUGAUUACAGAUGAGUAUGACUGUUCAAAAGGUGGUCAAGAAGAGUAUGUUUUAUCUUAUGAACCAGUGAAUCAGCAAGAAGUUAAUUAUACUCGACCAGUGAUCAUAUUGGGACCUAUGAAAGACAGGAUAAAUGAUGACUUGAUCUCAGAAUUUCCUGACAAAUUUGGAUCUUGUGUACCUCAUACAACUAGACCAAAGCGAGAUUAUGAGGUAGAUGGAAGAGAUUAUCAUUUUGUCACUUCAAGAGAACAGAUGGAAAAAGAUAUUCAAGAACAUAAAUUCAUUGAAGCUGGCCAAUAUAACAACCAUUUGUAUGGAACAAGUGUUCAAUCUGUACGAGAAGUAGCAGAAAAGGGCAAACACUGUAUUCUUGAUGUGUCUGGAAAUGCGAUAAAGAGAUUACAAAUUGCACAGCUUUAUCCAAUCUCCAUUUUUAUUAAACCCAAAUCCAUGGAAAACAUCAUGGAAAUGAAUAGACGCCUCACAGAAGAACAAGCCAGAAAGACGUUUGAGAGAGCCAUGAAAUUGGAACAAGAGUUUACUGAACAUUUCACAGCUAUUGUACAGGGUGAUACAUUAGAAGACAUUUACAACCAAGUGAAGCAAAUAAUAGAAGAACAGUCUGGCCCUUACAUCUGGGUUCCAGCAAAAGAAAAGUUAUGAGGACUGAUGUUUCUCUUUGCCACGUCUCGCUUCCUGUUUUUGACUCUUCUUUAUCUUUUCCUUUGGGCAUCUGUCUGUAAUGCUCCUCCAUGUUGAAACCAUAUCCCACUGUCGUAGUCUACUGUUGCACAUAAUUUUCUUAUCUCAAGUCUCCUUCAGGUUGUAUCAUCUGUGUUUCUUUACGUCACUAUUUUUGUAGCCAUUUUUCAGAACUGAAGAUGGAAUGGCCUGACCAGCUAUUAAAAGUUUGGGGAGAUGGCAAAAUUGUGGUAAAAUUCCUUAAUGUUUAAGGGAAACUAACUUUAAAAGAUUUUCAGAAAAGCUUUAUAUACAUUCUUUUCAAAUUUCAGUACAAUAAGAGAACAGUGGUGUUUGUCAGUGAUUUAAUAAACUUUGAGCAUCUAUGCACGUUUAACUUUUUAAUAGCAUGGUUUGGCCAAUGUGUUAGUCCCCAACUCCUUUUCUGAAUUGACUUCUGUAAUCAAAGCAAAUAUUACAGUAAGGGAAAUAAUAUUAAUUUCAAAAUUAUCAUCUGAAUUAACUCAUAAUUUCAUAAAGGCUAUUCAUUUUAUGUAAGCAUUCUUCUAAACGUCUUUUUUUGUUUGAGGCUCCCCCACCCCAGUACAUUUGCUAGGAAUAACAAUGCUCAAAUGAUUUUACUCUACUUGUGCACCACUCUAGUGUCUUAAAAAUGUUGUGUAUAGAGAAUGAUCAUUGUAUUUUCUGAAUUGAGGCCAUGUUAGGUGCUAGGCUUGCUCACCUUUUACAGAAGGUGGGAAAAUGUCCUAAACAUAAAUACAGAUGAAGCAGACAUUACAGUGGUGAUACAGUGAUCAUGGUGGCAAUGGAGAAGAGUCCAAUUCGUAGCCUAAAACUUUAAAUGUAUUCUUAGGGGUCAGAUUUUAAUGAAUAUUUUACCCACAAUAACUGCCUAUUUUGUUAUAAUAAAAUAUAUAUAUAUAUAUAUAUAAAUAUAAAUAUAUAUAUAUGAAACUUUCUUUAACUAAACUGUAACUAUGGGAAUUAUUUUCUUUACAUAGUUGCACACACAUAUAUAUAUAUAUUUAAAAUAUAUUUUUCUUUUGCCACCUACUCCUAACUUUUUUGUUUUGUUUAUAAAUUAAAAUUAAUUGAUUAGAAUUUAUCUUCCUUAAUCAUGUGAACUGAAAAUAGGGGUUUGGUGGUUGUGGGGAGAAACCAUUGGGGGAAAUUAUAGAUUACAGGUAAAAGUAUGGGCAUGUUCUCCUCUUUUCUACAAAACUUUUCAAGCGUUUCCUGGGUUGGUUGUGUGUGUGUGUGUGUGGUGGUGUUUUAGGGGUUUGAUAUCAGUCCUUUGCCUUUCCUUCCCCUUCUCCGUUUCUUAUAGGAAACCGGCAAAAACUCCUUUCAUGCGUGUGUUUCCGUCCAGCUGCGCCUUUCUUCUCCUGUAGCUGCUCUGCACUCGAGUUAUACACAUCUCAGUGCUGAGCCAAAUAUAAGAAAUUUAGGUGAAAGGUAGAAAUGAUUUCAAAAAUAAUUUCUCUAGUCCUUCAAUAAUGUUGUUUGGCUUCCCAUUGCUUUUUGAAGUUGUUUUUAUUAAAUACAUGUUUUUGACAACCUCAUUAUAUAAUGUUUCUUAAAUGAGCACUGAUUUGUGAAGAAUUAAUUAUCCAUUCCAUUUAUGAGAAAGAGGAGAACAGCUAAUAAACUUUAUUGUAAAAU